AUGGAUCUAAACCUUAUGGUGUCAUCUCUAAUAACUUCACAGGGUGAAUGGAAUGUUCAAAGGCUCACUGAACUCUUUCCUCCCUAUGAUGUUACUCACAUUAGAUCCUUUCCUCCUGAGAUUAGUGUAGCAGACAAAAGUGUUUGGGCCUACACAAAAGAUGGAAAGUAUUCUGUGAAGAGUGCUAACUGGGUUCUCACGAGGGAAGCUGAAUUAAUGGAGGUCAUCCCUGCAGAUAUUCAAGCAGCUAACGCGACUAAAGAAAGAGUAUGGAAGGUUUCUACAGCUCCAAAGAUCAGACUCUUUUUAUGGCGAGUAUUAUCGGGUGCCCUUGCUAUUGCUGAUUGCUUGAGAAGUCAUGGUCUUAAUAUUAACCCGAUGUGUCAGCUCUGUAAUGGUACAAAUGAAACGAUCUCUCAUAUUGAUCACCUUUUGAAUUUAAUGGAGAAGCAAGAUUUAGACAAGGAGCUACGAGAGGCUAUUCCCUGGUUGUUGUGGGAGAUUUGGAAGGCGAGAAAUUCUACUCUGUAUGCGGCAAAGACUAACUCUCCACACUUUGUUGUUGCUACAGCGUUGGAAGAGGCAAAGGAAUGGCUACAGCAAAAUAUUUUAUCUCAACAAGGACAUGUUCAAAGAAACCAGAGACAAUUGAUAGGAUUCAUGUCAUGUUGGCGGAGCUUGGAUCGUACGGAAUCACGUGGGGAUGCAAUCUUUCAUGCGAGGGAUGCUUUCAUCGCCAUGUUUAAUCGUUUAGCUGCGGAACUUCAUGGUAUUCUUUGGUGUCUCCGCAGUCUAAAAGACAUCCGUAUUGAGUCAUGUGAACUGUGGUCAGAUUGUGGUGCGGCUAUUGAUGCUUUACGCAGACCGGAGGAGUAUCCUAAGUACCGUUCUCAGAUUAUCAAGAUUCAACAAGUAAUACGGGUGAUGCGGGAGGUUAGUUUUUACCUCUCUUCACCAAAAGCCAACUCUUUGGCUAAGGAGAUUGUUUGUAGUGUUACUCGAGAAGGACGGUUUACAUCUUAUUUAGCACGAGGUGGUCCGGCUUGGCUACAUAAUCGGAUUGAGGACGAUCGGCGAGGUAGACGAUGA